AAAAUGUUCUUUUUUCAUUUAAGAAACAUAGCUAGACUGAGAGGUAUGCUUUCCAAGCAGAAUGCAGAGAGAUUGAUGCAUGCUUUUAUAUCUUCAAGGAUUGAUUAAUGUAACAGCCUUUUUGCUGGUAUUAGUAACAAUGUUAUAUCUCGGCUGCAACUUGUACAGAAUGCUGCUGCAAGGGUUUUAACUGGGAGUAAGAAACAAGAUCAUAUCACCCCUGUGCUAGCGUCCUUGCAUUUGCUUCCUGUUCGAUUUAGGAUCGAUUUUAAGGUGCUAUUAUUAUCCCACAAGGCUCUAAAUUGCUUAGCUCCACCCUAUUUAAAGGAUCUUUUAAAACCAUACGUUCCUAAUCGUCCACUUCGAUCACAGGAUGCCAGGCUACUUUCCAUACCAAGUAUUCAGAAACAAAACUCAGGUGGUAGAUGCUUGAGUUACAUUGCACCGAAAUUAUGGAACGACUUCCCAGUACUAUAAAUGAAGCUCCUUCUGCCAAUGCUUUUAAAUCUCAUUUAAAAACACACUUGUAUAGCUUAGCUUACGCAAGUUUUUAAAGUGAUAUUCUCUCGCUUCUGUAUUUGUAAGAUAUAAUUGUAUGUGUGUUUUAUUGCUGAUUAUGUGUGUGUGUUUAUUUGUUGAUUAUAUAUUUCUAGAUGUGUUCUAUUUUCUGAUUAUAUAUAUUAGUAUGUUUUUGUUUUUAUCAUGUAAAGCGCUUUGUGGCGACCCCCGGUAAAAGCGCUAUACAAAAAUAAAGAUUGAUUAAUUGAAAGAUCCACACGCUGAGAAAAAAAAAACGCCAAAGUCAAAUAAAAAAUUAGCAGGUUGGAUUAUAUUAUUAUAUUUACCACAGGCUAAAGUGUAGUAGAUAAGUUAUACAAAAAGUCAAACACUGCCUGAAACGUUUGCACGGUGUAAAUUGUCAAUUAAUUAAUAGGCUAAGCGCUUCUUUUGGUUGCCUCGCGGCGCUGUCUCCGCUGUCUAAUCAGCAUACGAUGCCAUGCAUAAUAUGAGGGUCACUAUGUUGGGCUAAGUUAAUACAAAAACGUGUACAGGGCAGUAUUAAUUACAUUUGCAUACAAAGUAAUUCCCAGUAUCUAGCUGUGGUCAGUAAUUCAGUCUUAUGGCUUUAUAGCUGAUAGCCUACAGUGUAUCAAACACAAUGCCUAGCUGGGUCUGCGUGUAUGUAUGUGUUUUUUGUUUGUUUGUUAUGUUUUUACUAUUGUAGCGAUCUCGGUACCACAAGCAGGUGCGUCCCACAGGGCGAGGCGCUCCACACUCCACACAUAGGCGUGGGCGGGCGCGAACCCGCGACCUCUCGCACUAAAUGUGCCUGUCUAACCUAAUCUUAACACAUUAUUCACAAAACUAUAACAACGACCUUUAAUGUUAUAUGCACAUCGAUCUAUUAACGACCUUCUGGUCACUCGGUGCAAACUGCAGUCUAUCUCUAUUUGUUUGACUUUAACUGAUGAGCAACACAUUGUGUUAUGUCAAAUUAUAAACGUGUAGGGUUUUGUGGGUGAACUGCAGUUUGUCGAGUCGGAAAUGAUUUAUGCGGUAGUCAAUCACAGCACUGACAGCUUCAAACCUGGGUCAAGUUUUGGUAGGUGUACCACUUUCUGGUAUGAGGGGCCGUUCAAUUCAAAAUUUCAACUUUCUGGCUAUAACAUAUAUCAGAACGGGUAUAGCAUAUAUCAGAAUGGAUAUAGCAUAUGUUAGAAUGUGUAUUACAUAUAUCAGAAUGGAUAUAGCAUAUAUCAGAAUGGGUAUAACAUAUAUCAGAAUGGAUAUAGCACAUAUCAGAAUGGGUAUAACAUAUAUCAGAAUGGAUAUAGCACAUAUCAGAAUGGGUAUAACAUAUAUCAGAAUGGAUAUAGCAUAUAUCAGAAUGGGUAUAACAUAUAUCAGAAUGGAUAUAGCAUAUAUCAGAAUGGGUAUAACAUAUAUCAGAAUGGAUAUAGCAUAUAUCAGAAUGGGUAUAACAUAUAUCAAACUUGUGUGGAUAUACAGCAAACUGGAUACAUCAAACUUGUGUGGAUAUACAGCAAACUGGAUACAUCAAACUUGUGUGGAUAUACAGCAAACUGGAUACAUCAAACUUUUUUUUUUUUUUUAAGAAUUGACACGUGACACAGCAACAAAUGCAUGUGCUUCUGUAACCGUCAUUUCAUAAUUAUCUUCAGUAAUGGCAGAGUCCGCGAAAUCUGUAAUUGAUUUAGUCGACAAACUGGCAGGUGAUAGGAGCCUGUUAACAACUUUAGCAAAUGUUUUAGAAAACGCGGGUCGCAGGAUGCACGAAGUCGUAAAUGAAAAUAAUGUGGAAAAAGAAUUAAAAACAAUUUUUUUGAGACCAGCUUCAUCAGUUGCCGCCGGGCCUACACAUUCCGAAAUCAGUAACACGUCAAGUCUUGCAUCAUCUUAUUUCACGAGAUCAACGAUACGACCACCGCAAAGAUUAACCCAACCAACCAAAAAAAGGCGACCAACUUUCAAAGGUCCUGCUACUUUUACAAAGGAGGUAGUAUUGCUGGGCGGACCUCACAACAAUGUAGUUGUAAAAAACACGGAACCAAGCAAUUACUCUAUGAAAGUGGGCAUGUGAUGAAUGCCUUUGAAUUCCACAAGGAGUGGUCGGCUGAAGAACUUCUAGAGAAUAUUAGAUCAGCUUUCAGCAGUCAUCUUCCUCCAGGAGCUAAUUUGGAAAUACUCAUGGCUUGCCACAAUAAACUGAUAGCUCCUUCUCUAAUGAGGAACCAAACACUCAAUGGUUGGAUGAUGAACAAAAUAUUUAAGCAACGCUCUGUCUAUAUUCGCCCCUCGGUUGAAAUCUUGGAUCUGCAAAGGCUGGACCAACAACCUGAAGACUGGGAUAAAACUAAUGUGCCAGAUAAUUCUCAGGAUCCUAACUGUAUUCGUGAAGAGACACUAGUUGCAGAUGAAAUACUUGGAUGUUCCUCUGAACCUGUGACAUCCAAUCCAGAUGGUCUGCAUAAUGCUGGAAUCGCAUUUCCAAACUAUCUAGGCUUGGACAGUAAUGAUCUUCAUGCAGUACAGGAUGUUUGUGUUUCUGCAGACUCUGUACUAACACAGACACCAGUGUCAUUUGGUGUAGAGGCAUCUAAAAUACACACUACACUGUUUCAGUCUACAUCUGCCAUGACUUUGGAAACUAAUGUUCUGGAGAAAAAAGGAUCAGAUUGUUACAAGCAGUAUACAUCACUUAUCUAUGAUUGUAUUGAGCUUAAUUCUUCAAGUGAUGAAGAAGGAGUACAGUUUGCUGAGAAUUCAUCUGUCCGCUUACAUGAUGGAGAUCAAGUAACUCUUCAUGAUGUUAUCACAAAUCUUGCCCUACAAAUAGAUGAAGAUGCAGUUUCAAAGUUCAAUAUUGAUAGAAUAAAUAUAUGGGAUGGUGCACUUCGUGGAUUUAAGCGCAAAACAUACAAGCCAGAAAAUAGAAUGUCUGUAAUGUUUACUGACUCAGAUGGCAACUCGGAAGGAGCUGUGGACAGAGGUGGUCCUACAAGGGAAUUUCUAACUUUAUUAAUGCAGACACUACAGAACAGUAAAAUAUUUGAAGGUUCAGAAGACUGGAAAAAUUUGACCUGCGAUUCCCAAGCAUUACGUGAUGAUGAUUACUUUCUGGCUGGAAGAAUUAUAGCCGUAUCUUUGGUGCAUGGCGGACCAUCCCCCAACUUUUUUUCUCUGACAUUAUAUGACAGUCUAGCCUAUGACCCUCAGCAGGUCACACCUUCUGUGAAAGACAUCUGUGAUUGUGAUAUUGCAGAGAUAAUUUUGGAGAUGGAGAAUGUGUCAACACUAGAGGGGCUUAAAGAUGUUGCAGCCAAGCAUUGCAACCUUCUGCAUGUGGCAGGAUGUUACCGCUAUUUACAAAAUCUGCAAGACAGAGAUGUACUUGUACAAGACUUCAUGAAGUGGUAUGUUUGUGGCCGAACAAGAAAUUCCCUGGAAAGGUUAAAAGAGGGAUUGAAGACGCUUGGUGUGCUUGACGCCAUUGUUGCACAUCCUGUUCUUUUCGCCAAUUCAUUUUGCUGGAGGGAGGAAGUGCUCACAUCUGAACAGUUUUCAGAAUUGUUCAAAAUAUCAUUCAGCACUGCUGGAAGUAAUAAAAGACGUGAGGAACAACGAAUUGUGGGCUAUUGGAGAGAUUACCUACAGGAUGUGGAAGAUGCGGAGUCCAACGUGUCAUUAAGACAGAUUCUAGCAUUCAUUACAGGAGCAGACAAAGAGCCACCUCUUGGUUUUCAACCACAACCGUCUGUUGAGUUCCUGCAUGAGAAUAAUGAAGGAUAUAUCUCCAACUUUCCACAAGCUAACACAUGCUGCAAUAUUUUAAAGCUACCAAUUUUGAAGUCCUUUGAUGAAUUUAAGAAGCAGAUGGAUUUUGCUAUUCUCAACUCUCCAGGCUUUGGUCACCCCUGAGGCAGUCCUUCAUACUCUUACCAACUCCAUGUUCAGUUGGACAGUUUGGGACAGUUCAGGCUUUUAAACUCGCAUCUCAAUGCAUUUAGGUAUGUUUUACAUCUCGGGUACCUCAUUACUUGUUUAAGAGAAGUAGUACUGCACUUAACAGAAUGCAAUGAAGUGUGAGUUAAAAAGCCUGAACUGUCCCACUGAACAUGGAGUCAUAUGGUCACCUUAAGUAUAAAACAGUUCAGUGCAAAUGUUUGGGACAACCACACUAUUGUACAAUUCUUUUUGUUUUGGUUAAUUUAACAAGAUGUGGUUGUAAACCAGUUUUUGAACACAUGGUUGUUUAGUCUAAAUGCAAGUUAAUAAGCAUCUUCAUUGAUUUUAUAAGGCACCUGCAGCCAGAAAGCAGUUGCAUGUUUAUAGAAAGGGUUGCCAUUGUUCUCAUGUCCUCAGUGAGCCACCAUAGAAAUGUUUGUGUAGUAGCAGCUAUUUGUUUGCAAAAUGUAAUUGUGUCAACAAUGUAAUUCACACAUUAUUAGUUAAUGAAAGAUACGUUUUCAUAAUUAUAGAUCUGGGUAUGCAAACUUUUCUUAACAAAAAGGAAUGUAAUGUGACUGUUUGCCAAAUUUGCUUAUAGUCAAAUGGUCUCAAAAGACAAAUUCAUUUUAUUACAAUUUCUUCAUAGUCAAUAUCAAUCAGAUUAUUUACCUUUUCUGCAAAUGGAUUUCAAAUGUUUGCCCGCGAUUGCAGUUUAACAAAAACAGGAAGUGCACAGAAAUGUAUUGUUUUAUUUUUAAAAUAAUUGUUUCACACUGAAUUUAGUUACCUAAACAAUUUGCUCAUACUCCAGAAGUUUACAUGUGUAUACAUGGUGUCCUGCUAUAAUAAUUUGGCCAUCCCAAUAAAUUGUUAGUUAAUGUUAGUUUGGUUCUGAAAUUGACUAAUAAAAACAAAAGCGAUAUACUUUAUUGUAGCGCUUGGUUGAGCCACCGUUUGCAGUGCAAAGAGCUUCUAACCUGCAUUGAAUCUACUAGGUGUUGCGUCAUUCUUUGGUCCAGGUUUCUCCAGAUCGGUGCGAGUCUCCUUUAGUUCCAACAUAUUGGUGUGUGGGAUGUGGAUGGGUUUAUCUCCACUGAUGAGCCAGGCACUUACACAGGUGCUCAAUUGGAUUUGUGUCUGGGCUGUGGGGCACCCAUGGAAGAAGUUCAAUGCCUUCAUUCCUUUUCAGACUGUGGCCACACAAGACACACUACUAGAUGUUUAUUGAAGGAUAUCUCAAUUCUGCAGGGUGCAUUAACAUUUGAAAGAAAAAUCUACUGCUGUGCCAAGAUUUGAUGCCCAUACUCUUCAGAAGGAUAGCGCUACAUACCACUCCUUACAUGUGACCAGUCUGGAAGAGAAAUCAAAUCAAAGCAUUUGAUUCCCCCCCCCCCCCCCCCCCCAAUCUAUUGCAACUAAAGGAAACUCAAACAUGGAUAUGGAGAAACCUGAAGCACAGCAUGGAACACUAGGUACUGUAGAUUACAAAAACAGUAGAAAUAACUGGUAAAAUGUUGUGUUUUAACUUGUCAACACAGUUAUAGUUAUUAUAAAGAGGUUACUUGAUUAUUACAAAAACUGGAAAGUAUAACAAUUGUAGAUGUUGAAUGAGAAUUAAAAGCAACAAUUUUGAU